AUGUCUGCUAAAAUUGAAGAAGGAAAUGAAUUUGAUCAAGGAGAUCAACAAAAUUCUGGUGAACCAGGUGGCGUUCAACCAGAUUUAGAUGAUGAAGAUGAUGAUGUUCCAGGUGGUACAACAAAGGCAAAAGAAAGAAGAAAAAUUGAAAUUAAAUUUAUUCAAGAUAAAUCAAGACGUCAUAUUACAUUUAGUAAAAGAAAAGCUGGUAUUAUGAAAAAAGCAUAUGAAUUGAGUGUUUUAACAGGUACUCAAGUUUUAUUAUUAGUUGUUUCAGAAACUGGUUUAGUUUAUACUUUUACAACACCUAAAUUACAACCAUUAGUUACAAAAUCUGAAGGUAAAAAUUUAAUUCAAGCUUGUUUAAAUGCACCAGAAGAAGGAUUAGGAGAUGAUCAAGAUAAUCAAAGUGAUGGAAAUGAAGGAGGUGACUCACCAGAACAGAGUCCAAAUCCACCACAACAACAAUCACAACAAUCACAACAAUCACAAGCUCAACAAUCUCAACAACAACAAAUUCCUCAACAUAAUCAUCAACAACAACAUGCUCAUCAACAACAUGCAGCAGCUGUUGCACAUUCCCAAGCUGUUCAACAACAACAACAACAACAAAAUCAACUACAACAACAACAUAAUCAACAAAUGCCACCAAUACCUCCACAUGGUUUACCACAUUAUAAUCAAGGUAAUACACCAGGUCAACCAGGUCAACCAGGAAUUCCAAUGCAACAACAAUAUGGAGAUUAUCAAUAUUUUCAAAAUAUGCAAAAUAAUAACAUACCUAAUCAAGGUCAAUAUCAAUAA